CCAUGGCCGCGGCGGCCUCUCCGCCCCCGCCUCCCACGCCGCCCUGGCGGCGAGGCUCCUCAGGGCGCAGGCCCACACGUCGCAGGCGGAGGCUGACAAGCCAAAGCGAAUCAAGACCUUCUCCAUCUACCGCUGGAACCCCGACGACCCCUCCAAACCCAAUCUCCAAGACUACCAGAUCGACCUCUCCGAGUGCGGGCCCAUGGUUCUCGACGCCCUCAUCAAAAUCAAGAACGAGCUCGACCCCUCCCUCACCUUCCGCCGCUCUUGCCGCGAGGGCAUUUGCGGAUCCUGCGCCAUGAACAUUGACGGCGACAACGGGCUCGCCUGCCUCACCAAGAUCCCCUUCUCCUCCGCCACCAGCAUUACGCCUCUCCCUCACAUGUUCGUGAUCAAGGAUAUGGUGGUCGACAUGACCAAUUUCUAUAGCCAGUACAAGAGCGUGGAGCCCUGGCUCAAGCGGAAGGACCCCCCGCUGGCGGCAGGGAAGGAGAUCCUGCAGAGCAAGAAGGACCGGGCCAAGCUGGACGGGAUGUACGAGUGCAUUCUAUGCGCCUGCUGCAGCACCUCCUGCCCGAGCUACUGGUGGAACCUCGAGUCGUAUCUCGGCCCCGCGGCGCUCCUCCAUGCCCCCAGGUGGGGCCAAGGACAGCGUGACCAGCACACAAAGGAGCGUCUUGAGACCAUAAACGAUGAGUUCAAGCUAUAUCGCUGCCACACUAUAAUGAACUGUGCUCAUGCCUGCCCCAAGGGAUUGAACCCUGCAAAGCAAAUUGAAUCAAUUAAGAAGCUCCAACUUCAGUAGACAUUCAUGGAGUAAAAUUUUCAUAUUCCUGCAUUUCUAAAUUUAGAUCUCCAUCUUGAGAUGUUUUUACCACUCUUUGAACUGCUGUCUGCGUCAAUAAUAACCAAAGAUUGACCGCAUCUUGCUGCAGUUCCUACUGCACGUUUUGUACUAAAAGAAACAAAGGCUUGUACUUUUAACUGCUGCUGUCAGCUUUCAGCUGUCUCAUUCAUGCUCUUUCUCAAAUGGCUUUUCAUGUUCUUCAUUUAAUUCUUGACUUGGCAGCAUGCAGUGAAAUUCUUGAACCCUACUUUCUGUCCAUUAUCUUGAUAAAUUGGAGUGGUUUGAGGAUAAAAAUUUUGGUGAUCUUUGGAAAAA